AUGGCGGCGCCCAGGACGUCCCUGCGCCUGGUGGCAGCCAUAUGGAGUGGGAGUACCAGGGGCAUCCACGGCCUGGGUGGGGCAGCAGCUCCAGAGGGCAGUCAGAAGAAGGGAAAAACACUGCUCCAGUUCCUGUCUGACCACUUCUAUGACGUGGAGUUUCUGAGGGAGUACUUGCUCCAAAGGCAGAUGUUGAAAGUGCAUCAGGAAAAUCGAUCCUUCGCAUACAUCGCAGAGAAACACGGCCCGUACGUCGCAGGUGCCUGCUUCAUCCUGAAGCAGGGAGGCGCGGUCAAGUUUCAGAACAAGGAAUGGAUCAGGCCAGAUGAGCGUGGCCGUUUCCCUCUUGAGUUCUCGGAGUUCCCCGGGGUACCUGUAGAGGCCGUGGAUGCCAGCGGCUGCGCCAUCAACUACGAUGGCCUGGACAAUGUCUUGCUCCUGAAGGAGCUCCGGUCCUUGUCGCUGCGGCGCUGCCCCAACGUGGAUGACUGGUGUCUCAGCCACCUCCACCCACUGGCCAACUCAUUGCAGGAGCUCUCACUGGCCGGCUGCCCCCACGUCUCCGAACGAGGCCUCGCCUGCCUCCACCACCUCCAAAACCUCCGCAGGCUGGACAUCUCGGAUCUCCCUGCUGUGUCCAACCCAGGCCUCACUCGGAUCUUGGUGGAGGAGAUGCUGCCCAACUGCGAGGUUGUGGGGGCCGACUGGGCCCAGGGCCUGAAUUCGGAGCCGGAGGAGCAGCCUCAGGACAGAGCCAGCCCCGUCCACGUGUAGCCUGCAGCCCCCUCCCACCUCCAGUGGGGUCUCGGUGUGGCGUGUGGGAUGUCUGAUCGCUCGCUAGGCCUCUGGCUUCCAGUCGGGUUCAGCGUGGGCGUGGGGGUGUGGCACUGGCAGGUCAGAGGGAGGAGAGCGUGAGGUGGGGGUAUGGAUUCCUGGCUGUCCCUGGCUGAAGGUCACGGCUCCUGUCAUCCCGUCAGGCAGCCCUUUCCAUGCACCUCUCCUUCCGCUGCCUCCUCGGGCCUAGGGAGGUGGAGGCUUGGGCGUCAGUAGCCCCAGAAAGCUGCACUCAUCUUCGUGGUCUCCCCACACUUGGCCCACACCUUGUCAAGAGACUCUUCUCAAGUCGUCCUCAAUUGCAUGUGCUGCCAUUUCUUGCAGGGACCCUCACUGAUACAGGGGGUGCUCCUGGCAGUUUACAGGGAUGUUUCUUCCCUGUGUGGGACUGUCCUGCUCGCUGUAGGAGGUACGGCGUCCUUGGCCUACACUCGCUGAAGGCCAGUAGCACCCCGAGUCCCAUGGGGUUGCCAGUUAUUGAUUCAUCGACUGUCAGCUCCAAAUUCAGCUUUUUUGUCUGCUCUGUGAAAAUGGAUCUGGGCCUUUGAAAUACACUUUUCCUUUGCUAACUAGCAUGCCAGGCUUUGUCAGUAGAGGGCACUCGAGAGACGCAGCAGGAGGAAAGGAAUUUCCUUCCUGGUUCCUGUUGGGUGUGUUGUGUCUGGGUGCUGCGGUGCCUGGCUUCCCCAGCACCCAGCUCCUGCGGUGCCAGACGGUCAGCAGCUGCUCCUGGCACCCUCCACAGGGGGUACAACGCCUCCACUGAGGCACCUUUCUGUGAGCAACUGUCCCCAGCACCCCAGUUGGAUUUCCAGUCAAUUCAGAGGCAUUUUUGCCAGUAAAUCCCUCAUUAUCCCAAUUAAAGUCAA